AGUUUUGCAAUUGAGCUGAACGAUCAGUGAUCGCAGUAUUCAAGCACCGCUUAAUGUGUAAAUAAUUGUUGAGCUAGCGAGUCGAAACGUUCCCAUUUGCACUGACCUGACUGUAUAAAUAGGUCUUCAAAUAGGGAUAGUCUCUCCAAAUCCAUAUCGAAAAUGUUGCCGAAUUUUGUGAUAGUGCUCGUCAUUUGCACAAUGGCCUUUGACGUGGCCUUAGCUUGUAAUGGCUACAAGGCAAAGCUUGUGAAAUUGGAGAAUUGUGCCGGUCCGGAUGGCAUUAUCCAGUUGGAUGAGGACUUCAGUGUGAAGCUGAACAAGAAGUGCGAACUGGUGCCAACUGGCUGCUUUUCGAACAAGGCCUUCUCAACGGCUGUGUCCAAGUACAAGGUGCAAAAGGAUGGCAUUGUGAUGAAGGAGGGCAAAAUGGAUUUAUGCGCGAUGAUGGAUCAGGCGCCCAGUGAGGCCAAGGAUAUGUUGAAGGUAUUCGGUGCACCAUCCAAAUGCCCAGUUGCCGAGGAGAAGAUCUGUUCCAACGAUCACAGAGUCGAUCUGACCAAAUACAAGAACAUGUUGGGCAUAGCUCGGGGUCAUCUCAUCAUCGACAGUGAAAUCAAACAUGAUACUGGCAAGUCAUGUUUCCACGCUGAGGUCGAAAUCAUAAAGAAUUAAUAUCCUCCGAGAUCUGCUAUAUUAUAUUAUGAGUCUUGCAAAUUAGUUGUUCAUUUCUGGUGGCAAUAAAACAUAACGGUAAUGGAGUGCACAACACAA